GGCCCCUCUGUUUUAACUUUUUUUUGCUGUUCCUAUUCUAUUCUGUUCUUCCCCUUUUUUUAAUAAAUAAAUAAAAAUAAAUUUCUUGUUUUUUUAAUUAUUUUAAUUAAGAACACAAAGAAUCAAAUGCUAACUGUUUUCUUACUCUUUAGAUCUCACUCUCUUUUUUAUUUUCUAAAUUGAUCUUGCCCUCUUUUCUCUCUCUAAAUACCCAAGCUUUCUAGAGAGAGAACACAAUUCAAACCGAUGGCCACUCUUCACAAAUUCAAGCUUUUGGCUACGCAGUGCGCUGUUGUGGGAAGUCCAGGUCGUAGUCCCACCACCAGCCCCGUCGCGCACCUCCGCCGUCGUAAAACCCUUCGCAUGCUCUUCAACCACUCUUCCGCCUCAGAACGUCGUCGUUUUUGCCGGCGCCACGACGACAACAACAACUUCGAUCCUCCUCCACCUACACCUAUACCUACACCUCCGCCACCGCCAACCUCCUCCAACGCCGACAGCAAGAAAUACUCCAACGGGAAGAAAAGCAGGCGAAAAUUAAAGGAACUCUUCGUAGCGUCGCCGCCGCUUGGAGAAAGAGAGAAUAACAAUAAAAGCUGUGAAGAAGAAAUGGAAAAUUUAUUACCGGUUACCGUGAAAUCCAGAGAUGGGUUUUCAAGUUGGGGCUCCGGUUCUUUGAGGCCUGUGACCGCGUCGUUACGAUAUAGAUUAUUAAGGAGAGCCUGGCGACCGAUGCUGGUUACUAUUCCAGAGUAAAUUAAACUCUACUUUUUAAUUUUGAUAAUUUUUUAUUAAAAUUAAAAAU